AUGGGAAACGAUGGAGGAUCCAUUCCCAAGAGGCGUGAAUUGGUCAAAGACGCAGCCCGCGCGCCAACAGUAAGCGAGCUCAAAGCAACAGCACACGAGAGUCUCAACCACGCUUGGACUCAUGAUCCCCUCACCUCGGAGCUUCUGGAUCUCGAAAAUGCCGUGUCUGACUGGCGUGGCCGCCUCUACAACUACGAAUCCAUUCUCAAGGGCCUGAUGCCGGGCGACAGCGAUGACACCAAAACCACCGAGUCAGCGAACGGCGAGUCCCCGGAGGCUACUUUCGCAUCUACCGGUAUCAAAUCUCUUCGAGAUAUUGUUAAGCUUAAGGUCAAACGGUACACAUCCCCUGGAACAAAGGAAAAGGGAAUAUGGGCCUGUCCGGUGACGCUAAAGGAGUUGGGGGCAUCCACCAAAUCUGUGUACCUUGUUCCAUGUGGCCAUGUCUUUGCCGAAACAGCCAUCAAGCAGAUACACGAAGAAGUCUGUCCGGAGUGUAGCGAGCCGUUUCACUCCGAGGACAUCAUCCCUAUCUUGCCAACUGAGAAAUCCGACAUGGAAAGACUAGCGGCAAGAAACGAAGCCCUCCGUGCAAAGGGCUUGACGCACAGUUUAAAGAAGGAUAAAUCAUCCAGCAAAAAGAAACGCAAGGCCGACGAGGCCAAUGGCACUCGCUCCGCAACAGGAGAAGAGGACACUGCGAAGGCAACGCCCCAGUCAGCCACCUCGCACCGGGUGAAUGGCAUCAACAAUGCCAUGACAGCGUCGCUUACUGCCAAGGUGCUUGCUGAGCAAGAGGAACGCAACAAGCGGAGGAAACUGGCUGCUACAAGGAACUAA